GCCGGCCCGCGGGGACCGCCAUGUCCUGAGCCCGGGGGCCCGGGCGGCGGCGCGCAGGGCGGCGGCGCGGGGCCGGGCAGCGCGCACGGCCGGCGCGGGAGCCGGACGAGGAGCCGCCGCCGCCAGGCGUAGCUAUUCACAGUCAGACAGAAGCACUGUCCGCCCUGAGCAGUGUCGCCCGAGGAGUCAGACUCAGCAUGAAGACUGAAUCUGGUCUGGUCUGAUUUGUAAACCAUGAUUUUCUAACUAUGUGCAAGGUGGAGGUUAUAGCGUGGAAACUAAAAUCGUAACAGAAGGAGAUUUUGAGGGUGGCGGUCAGAGAGGGCCCCGCUUUCCCUUUCCGCGUCCCCCGCACUCGUCCCCGCCGCUGCCAGGACAGGAGAGACGGUGCAGCAGACCUUGCACGGAGAAGGCGUAAGAGUCUGUGUCCAUGGCUGACGCGUCUUCCUGCCUGACAUAACUCACUCCAAGAAGUACACAAUGUCAGAACGUGGAAUUAAGUGGGCUUGUGAAUAUUGCACGUAUGAAAACUGGCCGUCUGCAAUCAAGUGCACCAUGUGUCGUGCGCAGAGACCCAGUGGUACAAUCAUCACAGAAGAUCCGUUUAAAAGCGGGUCGAGCGAUGUCGGUCGAGACUGGGAUCCUUCGAGCACCGAAGGAGGAAGCAGCCCGCUGAUAUGCCCGGACUCGAGUGCAAGGCCAAGGGUUAAGUCUUCCUACAGCGUGGAAAAUGCAAAUAAAUGGUCGUGCCACAUGUGUACGUACUUGAACUGGCCCCGCGCAAUCAGAUGCACCCAGUGUUUAUCCCAGCGUAGGACCCGGAGUCCUACCGAGUCUCCCCAGUCCUCAGGGUCUGGCUCCAGACCAGUGGCCUUCCCUGUGGACCCUUGCGAGGAAUACAAUGACAGAAAUAAGCUCAACACAAGGACCCAGCACUGGACCUGUUCUGUUUGCACAUAUGAGAACUGGGCCAAGGCAAAGCAGUGUGUUGUUUGUGACCACCCCAGGCCCAAUAAUCUCGAGGCGAUAGAGUUGGCCGAGACCGACGAGGCUUCUUCCAUCAUCAACGAGCAGGACAGAGCUCGGUGGCGGGGGAGCUGCAGUGGCGGGAACAGCCAGAGACGGUCGCCCCCCACCGCCAAGAGGGACUCCGAGGUGAAGAUGGAUUUCCAGCGGAUCGAGCUGGCGGGGGCUGUGGGCAGCCAGGAGGAGCUCGAGGUGGAUUUCAAAAAGCUGAAGCAGAUAAAAAACAGGAUGAAAAAGACCGAUUGGCUGUUCCUCAAUGCCUGUGUGGGCGUUGUGGAAGGCGACCUGGCUGCCAUCGAGGCGUACAAGUCCUCGGGCGGGGACAUCGCCCGGCAGCUGACCGCGGACGAAGUGCGUCUGCUGAACCGGCCUUCGGCUUUCGAUGUCGGCUACACGCUGGUGCACCUGGCCAUCCGCUUCCAGAGGCAGGACAUGCUGGCCAUGCUGCUCACCGAGGUGUCCCAGCAAGCAGCAAAGUGUAUUCCAGCCAUGGUGUGUCCCGAGCUGACAGAGCAGAUCCGGCGUGAGAUCGCUGCUUCUCUGCACCAAAGGAAGGGGGAUUUCGCUUGCUAUUUUCUGACUGACCUUGUAACGUUUACGCUGCCAGCAGAUAUUGAAGAUUUACCUCCAACAGUCCAAGAAAAAUUAUUUGAUGAGGUGCUUGAUAGAGAUGUUCAAAAAGAGUUAGAGGAAGAAUCUCCCAUCAUAAACUGGUCCCUGGAGCUGGCCACCCGCCUGGACAGCCGUCUGUAUGCACUUUGGAACCGCACUGCCGGAGACUGCUUACUUGACUCGGUCCUGCAGGCUACCUGGGGCAUCUACGACAAGGACUCGGUGCUGCGCAAAGCCCUGCAUGACAGCCUGCACGACUGUUCCCACUGGUUCUACACCCGCUGGAAAGAUUGGGAAUCGUGGUACUCGCAGAGCUUCGGUUUACAUUUCUCUCUGCGGGAGGAGCAGUGGCAGGAAGACUGGGCCUUCAUCCUCUCUCUCGCCAGCCAGCCUGGAGCAAGUUUGGAACAGACACACAUUUUUGUACUUGCACAUAUUCUUAGGCGACCAAUUAUAGUUUACGGAGUAAAAUACUACAAGAGCUUUCGGGGAGAAACUUUAGGAUAUACUCGGUUUCAAGGUGUGUAUUUGCCUUUGCUGUGGGAACAGAGUUUCUGUUGGAAAAGUCCGAUUGCUCUGGGCUACACGAGGGGCCACUUCUCCGCCCUGGUCGCCAUGGAGAACGACGGCUACGGUGGCCGCGGUGCCGGCGCUAACCUGGACACCGACGACGACGUCACCAUCACGUUCCUGCCUCUGGUCGACAGCGAGCGGAAGCUGCUCCACGUGCACUUCCUUUCCGCCCAGGAGCUCGGCAACGAGGAGCAGCAGGAGAAGCUGCUGCGGGAGUGGCUGGACUGCUGCGUGACCGAGGGCGGCGUGCUGGUGGCCAUGCAGAAGAGCUCGCGCCGGCGCAACCACCCGCUGGUCACGCAAAUGGUGGAGAAAUGGCUCGACCGCUACCGGCAGAUCCGGCCCUGCACGUCCCUGUCCGACGGAGAGGAAGACGAAGACGAGGAAGACGAGUAAGACGGCCAGAGCCAGGAGACUCUGUCCGGGCUCUCCGGAGCCCAUGUGCGUGCGGCUGCCGGGCAGCGUGGCCGGAGCGGACCAGGCGGGCCGGCCCAGGGCCCCCCGCCCCGCUGCUGGACGCCGCGGCCUGGUUUGGACUCGUUUGUAAAAAAACAGAUUUUUCAAAGACAGAACUUUUCCUCUCCAAUUGUACAUCUGUCUGUAAAGUCACGCAUGUGGUUGUGUAGGACGUGGUGUGGUAGGAGUCGCACCAGCAUCUUCACACUCCCGAGACGUGGCCAGCACGGCGCCCGCCGGGCACAGGGCGGGCGGCUCCUGGCUCCUCGGAGGGGUUGUCGAGCAGAACCUGGCGCUCUACUCCCACCAUCAAGACCCACUCCCCUGCAGUCUCGCUAGAGCUCGCUAGAGACUAAAUUAUUCACAGCAAGCCGUAAACAACAAGCUUUUUAUUUUAUUAAUAAUUUAGUUCCUGUUGUGCCCAAUAAAAUCCAAUCUUGAAGGAACAAAUUGCAAGGCAAGAUUUUUUUUUUUUUUUUUGAGUGAACGUCAUAGAUGUUGUUUCCCUUAUUUGGGAAGGGUUUUGGUUUCUACUCUUUCUUUUCAAAGUUUUCUGAUAAUGCCCUUUCAGUAGCUAGGCAUUUCUGUGUUGGGAAGAGUGCCCUUACGAAGGACUCUGCCCGCCCGGGCAGCGGUCUGACUCUUCACUCCCUGGGUGCCAGCCGGGGGAGCACACCCCCCGUGAUAGAUGAUCGUGGGGACUUUGCUCUCUGGCUCGAGCGACAAUGGACUAUUCCCAACCGGGCAGGCAGAGGGCCUCUGGGUUCCUGCUGUGUUUCAUCGCCCCUGCUCUAAGUUAGAAAGGCACGCCUUUGCUCGCGCUAAUUGGGAAUAUCAGUUCAGUAACGAAUGAAGAUUUUAAAAAUGCGAUGGGGUGGUAAUUGCAUCGUAUGAGUUUCUCAGUGAGUAACUGAGAGUUUCUGCAUGUUGGUUAAUUGUGGGCAUCUUAUUUAAAGUUAAAACUACCAUCUUAGGUAGAAAAUCUUGCUAUCAAAGAGUAUUAUUUGACCACUUCAGGUUUAAAUUGAAUACUGGGUAAAAAUUUCCGAUCUAUCUCAGGAACACAGUGACUCCGUGUCCUGAUAAGCACUUUGUAGAAUCCGGAGACAGCCCCGGGGUAUACAUGGUGGGUCUCUCCACACACGCGCUUCUCCUUCCCUUGGUGAAAAGGCUGUGAAACCUUUUAAAAUAUUUGCUUCUUGUUUUCUUCUGAGUUCUGUUUAGAUGGUAUUGAAAUGUGCACAACCUCAAUUUUAAUGCUGGAAUACUAAAAAUAGAAAAUACCCACCAGG